AUGACUCUCCCAUGGACUGAAAUCAAGACGAGACCGAUUAUCUCGUCUUGUGGUGGACCAGCAGACGGAUUAAGCUGGCUCUUAGUUCGUUUGCUAUCGCCACUUCUGCGUUACGUGGGAGCACACAUUGUGAAUGUUGAAGAAUUCAUUUCGGCGCUUCACCAAUGUCCAGUACCGACGGGAGCCUUCUACGCGAGCUUUGAUGUAGUAUCCUUAUACACGAAUGUGAAUAACGCGGGAGCAGUGCAAGCUGUCUUAUCUCUCAUCGAGGAUAACGAAGACGAUAUCACGAUGAUGGGAUUUUCCCGCAGCGAAGUUAAGGAUCUCAUCGAAGCAGCGCUGGAAUGCAACAUUUUCUGCUUCGACAAUAAAUUUUACAAGCAGAAACGAGGCCUUGCCAUGGGUAAUCGCGUAGCACCAGUGUUAGCGGUCAUCUUCUUGGACCACAUCGAGAAGUCAUCAUUAACUAGUGGAAUUUUAUUCUACAAACGUUAUAUUGAUGACGUAUUCGUUAUCGGAACGACGGAAGAAGACCUUGUGGAAACAUUGAAGAGACUUAACUCUCACGAUGCUAACAUAACCUUCACAAGGGAAGAUCCGGGAAGGGAUGGAUUCCUUCCAUUCCUCAAUGCGAAGACACGAAUUAGUGAAGGUCAUAAGGAACACCUAUGAUACGCAGGUGGAUUCAGGGGAUGGACUCUGAUUCCUGCUGUGCUGGUCGAUAUACCACCUGUUUCUCGCAAGCGUGUCCACGCAUACGUCUGUGGAGUGUCUUUGGGUGCAGCUGGUAUCCUGCCCAUCGACUCAACUUAA